AUACAACGAAAAUUUAAACAAUAACAUAUCCCAUUCAAAGCAUUUUGUGACAGAAUUUCAGUAAAAAGACUUUUUAGCCUAUAACAUUGUGCAGCUAUGGCUUCCAGGCAGAGAACAACAUCUUUCCGUCCACAACUUUCUGUUCGACGCGAGUACGAGACUUUGCAGCCUCAAUCAGAGACUAAAGAACUCCCAGAAGCUUAUCUUCUACAUGUUUAUCUUCCUGGUUUUCCAAGGGAAAGUGUAAAGAUAACUUAUGUGGCCCCUUCACGAACGGUGAGGAUAUCUGGAGAAAGACAAGUUCGAGGGACAAUAUGGCAACGAAUUGACCAAUCAUAUCCCAUUCCUGAUUAUUGUGAUGCAGAGGCACUUCAGGGUAAGUAUGAAGCUCCUGUUCUCAUCCUUACAAUACCAAAGAAGUCCACGACCGCAUCACAAGCUGCACCUAAACAACAAGAAGUGGGAACAUCCCAAGACAAAGGUGCAGUGGCUGAAUCAAAGCCUGAUGAAAAAGUUCAGGAUGCUACUCCACCACAACCUACGACUACAACUAAAGUGGAAGAAGAACCAGUUGAAGACAAGAAAAGUGCUUCACCACCAAGCCUUGACUUUGGGGCACAAAAAAGGGAGGACACACCAUCUCAAACCCCUUCAGAACCAAUUAGGGACCAAAAGGGUCAAGUGGAAGCUGUAGAAAGAGUUGGUUCCAUUGCUGAGCCUCGAAUGAGUGAAAAGGAGUUGGAACCAGCAUCACCAAGGUCAUCCACAAUGCAAAGAGAUGAAAAGCCACAAAAGGGUCAAGAGGAGGAUGAGCCAAAAUCAACACCAGCUGUGACAACCAAAAUGGAAACAGAUAAAAAGCCUGAAAAGGGUCAAGAGGAAUUUGGACCAAGACCAACAACAACAACGCUAACCAAAGUCAAAACAGCUGAAAGGUACCAGCAGGGUCAAGAGGAAUUUGAACCAAGAGCAACACCAGCAAUGCUAACCAAAGUAAAAACAGCUGAAAAAAUUCAAAAGGGUCAGGAGGAAAUUGAACCUAAAUCAACAGCAACAAUGGAGCAGAAAAUCAAAAGAGAUGAGCAACCUCCAAAGGGUCAUGAGGAAGGUGAGCCAACACCUGCAAUAACAAAUAUUUCCAGAAAGCCAACAGUUAAAGAGCAAUUGGAGGAAAAGAGGAUAGAAGAAACAAGUGUUGAUGCUGCUAAGAAGGAAAGGAACUCAAAGAAUGAAGCUAAAGAGGAAGCUUAUGAGUCAAGACACGCGAAAGUUAAGGAGCAAGCUGAUUUUAAAGAGAAAGAAAAUUUUGUGGCCAAGGAAGCAGAAACAAGUGCUCCAAAAGUUCAGAAGAAAAAGGAGAAAAAAGGGAAGAGUGAAGAGAAUGCAGUGGAAAGGGUUGGAGGUGUCUCCCAUGCUUUUUCAAAAGUAGCAUUGAAUGAGGAAGAGAAAAAAAUAGCAACAAAUAUUGGUGCUGCAGUUCUGGUCAUUGCUGCAUUGGGAUAUUAUUUAUCUUACAGGUUUACCUCUUGAUUUGAACUUAAAACAUGUUCCAAUCAAUGUAUGCUUUCUCGCACUUGUACAUGAAUAAUAAACUAUAACAAAAAUCAUUUGAAUAAA